AGGUCAUUGCUUCGCUUCUUUGCAAGUUAACACUGAUUUUCUUUUAUUAUAGUUUAAUUUCACACCUGCACACUUGAUUUAACGACUAGCCCACGCUGACCGGAGUUUUAAAACCUUUGAUUUAUUCUAAAAUCAAGUUAAACUCUGCUUGAAAAUAGCAAUUUGUUUGACGAGGAGAGGAUUUUUGUAUUGUGAGCCACUUACACUUCACUUUGGUUUGUAUACUACGUUUUUUAUUUCAUUGAAGGGCAAAUAUAUGAAAAACGAAUAAUGGCACAGGAAGAAGCUUUUGAACAGUUUGAGGAUGAGGAGAGUGAAAUGCCCAUUGGAGCUAGUUUGACCAGUGCAAGGAAAAGGCUUUUCUCGAAAGAGCUUCGUUGUAUGAUGUAUGGUUUUGGAGACGAUCAAAAUCCUUACACGGAGAGUGUUGAUCUAUUGGAGGAUCUCGUUAUAGAGUACAUUACCGAAAUGACGCAUCGAGCAAUGGAAAUCGGCAGAACUGGAAGAGUUCAAGUGGAAGAUAUCGUUUUUCUGGUGAGGAAAGAUUCAAGAAAGUAUGCUAGGGUAAAAGAUCUCUUGACAAUGAACGAAGAAUUAAAGAAAGCAAGAAAAGCUUUCGAUGAAGUUAAAUAUGCAGGUAAUGUCACCCAGUGAGAGAACGUAAUUUUGGAUUAGUGCUUGUGUCGAAUAUUGCGUUUUUCAAAAUAUCACAGCACUUCAAUCACAAUACAAUAAUUUGUUUCUUUACAUCAUCGACUUGAUUUGUAAAUCCAAGGGAAUACAUAAAAUGCAUGUUAUUUCAUUAUUUCAGUUUCCUGUAAAGCAUGAACAUUUCCCUAUAUCCAAGUUUUUGUAAGUUAUAAGUAUAAUUGUGCAUACAUAGGAGAUAGUUUAAUUAUAAGUUAAUUUU